AGAGCUGAAGAUCAGCAUUGGAGCUUCCUCCAUCCCGUCAUGGCCACUUAUCCCCCUCGCUCUGGUGCCCCCAUUCCGUUCAAAGUAAUAGAAGAACAGGAGGACCACCCUUCUCAGCCACGUCUUGAGGAUUACGAUGACUUCAUCUCAACUCUCCCAUUCGAGAAAGGAUCGGUUCCUUCCAGAAAAUACCAAGGCUUCUGGUACCCGGAGGGCUUUCUCCCGGGCGCCAUGGCCAUCCAGCAGCGCUUCAAGGCACGUCCCGACGACCUCUUCCUUGUAUCCUUCCCCAAAUCCGGCACCACCUGGCUAAAAGCCCUCGUCUUCGCCACCAUGACCCGAAAACAGUACCCUCUGGCUCGCCACCCUCUCCUUAGCCUGAACCCUCACGACUGCGUUGCUUAUAUAGAGGAACGCUUCGCCAUCGGCCAAGCCUCCAAAGUUGAAGCCUUGCCUUCACCGAGGAUCCUCUCCACCCACAUGCCUUACUCCUUGCUCCAGGACUCGGUCGCGGGCUCCGGCUGCAGGAUUAUCUAUAUUGCCCGGGACCCCAAGGAUGCCUUGGUCUCCUUUUGGCACUUCACCCAGAAGUCUUCUCCGAAGCUGAACAAAAUUCCAUUUACGGAGGCCUUUGAGGCUUUCUGCGAGGGGAAGUUUCCUUUUGGGCCCAUAUGGGACCAUUUGUUGGGGUGGUGGAGGGAGAGCUUAAAAAGGCCCGAGAAGGUGCUGUUCCUCAAGUAUGAGGGGUUGUUGGAGGAGCCGGUGGCCAACGUGAAGAGGCUGGCGGAGUUCGUGGGGUGUCCGUUCUCCGAAGAGGAGGAGGAGGGAGGGAUGGUGGAGGAGAUUGUAAGGUUGUGCAGCAUGGAGAGCAUGAAGAGCUUGGAGGUGAAUAAGGUUAGGAAACACGGGCCGAUUUAUCAGUUUGCCAAUUCCUCGUUCUUCAGGAAAGGAGUCAAGGGCGAUUGGAGGAAUCAUAUGAGUCCGGAGAUGGCUCGGAGGUUGGACGUCAUCAUCGAGGAAAAGCUUCAGGGAUCUGGUUUGACCGGUUGGAGUUCCCAAGCUUAGGGGGAUUAGAAGCUACAGCGGGCGAUUCCACAGCUCGCGGGGUGUGAUUUUUCUUCCAAAUGCGUCCUUGUAAACUUUGUUAAUCUUUUCUUAGAAAAGAUUAAAAGCAAAGUAUGCCUCCAUCAUAUUUUAUGAUCUUAAUAAAAGUUCCAUGGAACUUACCAA